AUGGAUGAGCUCGCCAAGAAAGCUGAAAAUCUUCUCCUUUCUGCCCAACAGCAAUAUAAGACUAGACAUUCAAAGUCCCGGGACGGGCGCGGAAGUAAGCUGUACGACCACGAUGGGCAUGGGUACCUUGAUCUUCUAGGGGAUAUGACUGCUGGUCUUUAUGGACAUUCUCACCCUGUUAUUCGGGAUGCUAUCAUAUCUACUAUGGACAACGUGGGACUUAGUUUAGGGGCAACUACCGUUGCAGAAGCUCGACUUGCGGAGGCUAUCUGUGACCGGUUUCCGUCAAUUGAACAACUUAGAUUCUGCAAUUCGGGUACAGAGGCCAACCUGUAUGCUUUAAGCGUUGCGCGGCAAGGUACGGGCCUCUCGAAAAUUAUUGUCUUUGAAGGCGCUUACCACGGUGGGGUGCUCUACUUUGCUCAUGGAUUGGCACCUAACAACGUUGACAAGGAGGACUGGAUCAUUCGUCGAUACAACGAUGUCGACGAUGCGAAGCGUUUGAUUGCCGAAAAUAAAGGCAUCGCCGCUGCAGGUGCCGGGAGGGGGGGGGGGGGGUGCAUACCGGCGACCGCGGAAUUCCUGCAUGCCGUUCAAGAUGCUGCCAACGAGAAUGGUAUAUUGUUUAUUCUGGACGAGUCGCUGCUGCUACAUCCCGAGCGAGGUACGCCCAUCACGCCUGAUCUGACUACUUUAGGAAAAUGGAUUGGGGGUGGUUUGGCUAUUGGAGCGUUUGGGGGCCGACAAGAGCUGCUUUCAAUCUACGAUCCGCGAAGCUCUACUAUCCAGCACUCUGGCACGUUCAAUAAUAACACGCUUGCUAUGAAUGUGGGAUACGCGGCCAUAACCUCGGUUUACACCGCUGAUGUGUGCGUUGCCCUGAACCAGAUAGGUGAUGAGCUCCGUCACAGCCUAGAGGAAAUCGCAAAAGGAACCAAGAUGGCAGUCACAGGCCGCGGGUCAGUCAUGAAUAUCCAUUUCUUGCAAAGUACGGAUGCCAUUCUUGGGGAUUUAUUUUGGUUCUCCUUGGUCGACCGUGGAGUUUGGAUUGCCCCUCGUGGAAUGGUAAGUCUUCUUCUCGGGACAAUUCAAGAAGAGAUUGAACAGUUCCAGAUUACACGCAAGUUUCUCCGGGAAUAUGAAGAACUCGUGAAGUUAUAG